CAAACUUUUCAUGUCCGACCCCCUUUUUGUGAUGAUGUUCACAUUUCACACAGCGCUUCAGGUUCACUUCCAAGGGCGAACAGGCAGACCCAUGCCGUAUAAUCGAGCCGAAGCCAAGGACCUAAAAAAAACCAACCGUAUAUACAGCACUACGAAGUAACGGCCACGUGCUUGCCCAGCCUCGAAGGAAACAAAUGGGUUAGGGGUUGGGUUCUUGCAUCGUGCCGUUGCCCGUUCCAGACCUUUGUUGGUUUCCGGAAAGCGCAUUCUUUCUCUUCAUCUUGCUCCAUCCCAUAUUCCUCCUGUGAGCUAAACGCUUUACAAUGCACUCGGCGAGGGGUUUCCUAGCAACUAUCGUCUUCCUGCUUCUCUCUCUAUAUCUUCUAUAUACGGCUUCGCGGCUAUAUCACCAGCCGCCCAGAGAAGAGGCCAACUCGAUAGGACUCGCAAAAGGUGAAGGUGAGGGAGCAGUGGAGACUGCAAAGAAAAGCCAAUGGACACCGGCAUCGACACCCACUGGUCCCACUCCUCAGCCUACGCUAGGGGCGUCUCCCAGUAGUCCAGAUCUGGGUCUAGCAGAAGCCGCUGAGCAUGCCGGUACCGGGACUGCCGCUGCUUCAGCGCCCUCAACGCCCUCAGGGGUCGGCCCACAGACACCGUCUAUUUCAGCGGCGGAAGGACUGGUCGAGCCCAACGACGUGGUCCUCAUUUUGAAGACGGGCUCCAACAACGUCUGGCGCCGUCUCCCACUGCACUUCCUCACGACAUUCGCCAACAACCGCAUCCCCAACUAUGCCAUCUACUCGGAUGCCCACGAGCGUCUCGCACCCGGCAUUGCGACGAUCGACGCCAUCGCCAAUGUCUCGCAGCUUCUCGGACAGCACGACCCGGCGGCUCACCGCAUCUACACCUCCCAACUCGCCCACAUCCGCCCCAACACCUAUCGGGAACAAGCCGGCCUGGCAGGGGACACCACGCCGGACCAGGCCGCCGACGGCAACCCGGAGGGCUGGGUGCUCGACCGCUACAAGUUCCUCCCCAUGCUGCAGCACGCAUACACCGCCUGGCCGGACCGCAAGUGGUAUUUCUACAUCGAGGACGACACGUACCCGUUCUGGUGGAACAUCCGGCAAUUCCUCGCCCGGCACGACCACACCGCGCCGGCGUACUACGGCGCCAUGUCCGGCCCCAGCAACGCGACGUUCGCGCAGGGCGGGUCGGGCAUCGCGUUCACGCACGCCCUGAUGCAGAAGAUGUUCAACAACAACAAUAACACGAGCGAUAGUAGUAAUCAGGCGACACUGGACAAGUACGCCAACCUCACCGCAGCCGAGUGCUGCGGCGACAUCAUCCUCGGCGCCAUCCUCCGCGACUACGGGGCCGAGGUCAACGGGGGCGAGUUCGGCCCCAGCCUGCUCUUCCGGCCCGAGCCGCCGUGGAAGACGCGCUUCGACGUCAGCGUGUGGUGCGAGCCGGUCAUGACGUUCCACCACCUGCACCAGCAAGACCUCGCCCUAUUCUCGGAGCUGGAGGAGGAAUUGCGGGUCGGCGGACCGGGGGAGCCGGGUAGGGAGAAGGUCUUGUUCCGCGACGUCUUUAUGAAGUUUGUGUAUCCCUAUCUCAUCGAGGAGAUCAGGGAGGGGAAGGGGGAGCAGGUCAAGGACUGGGAUAAUCAUGCGGAUCUGUGGCUGCUGCGGGAUGGGCUGCCGGUGCCGACGGAGCUACUAUCCUCGUCAGAAGGGGUGGUGGGUGUUGACGUGGCGGCUGCGGUCAGAAGCUCCGAGGGCUGCAAGGAGGCGUGUCGUAAGGUGGAGAAGUGCUUUUCGUGGAAGCACACGGGCGCAACGUGUUCGCUGGACUCGGGUGUGAAGUUUGGGGCGGCACAACAAGCACCGAUGCAGGGGGAUCAGGCGAAAGCGGUGGUAACGAGUGGAUGGAUGUUGGACAGGUUGAAUGCCACGUUGUUGGCGAACGAGUGUUGGGGUUUCAGGGACUGAAGGGGACAGGAGAUCGGUGUACAGGUCAUGAUCACUGAUAGGUACUUAAUAUCUGUAUAUGUAUACUCGUAGAUUUAAACCACACUGUAGCCUGCGAUUGGUUGCUAAAAGACAGUCCUGGACUUCGAG